AUGUUUAAAUUACAAUUCCAUAUCACAAUAUCACAAUCAUCAGCACCAAUGAGCGAAACAUUAACUGUAGUGAAAGAGAUUGAAAACUUACUUUGUGAUAAUUACAGUAGAAAAGAAAAAGUAAAGCGAAUAAUUAGAAACAUCGAAUAUGUGAAACUGUUAUUUACUAAAUUAUCAACUGUUAUCGUUAAAUAUGGUAAACGAGGUAAAAACAUCGAUGAAGAAAAAAGUUUUUUACAUCAAUUAACGCUAUUUAAAAAGUUAAUUGAAGAAAAUGUGGAAGAAUCAAAGCAACACUGUGGUAUCAUUUUAGUUCUUGAUGAUUGUGUAUCAGCCAUCAGAGAAGAUUAUAAAAUAAUCCGAAAUUACGUCCAAACAUUAAAAGAUAUUAAUGCAAAAAUUAAGAAAAAGGCUGAGAAAAACACGGAGAAAAAUAAGAUUGGUCAAUUAAUUAUUAGAGCCGUUGAAGAGAAAAUGUCAAAUUUCAUCUGCGACGAUCAAAAUCAAUCGAUAAACAACAACGUCAAAUUAGCCAUUGUGGAAGAAUUCUAUGAUUACUUUGUUAAAUACGCAUCAUAUGUGAGAGAAUCACUGGGAAAUCCAUUUGAUGAUCAUAAAUAUCGUCAGAAAUUAGAAGAUCUACAGUCAAAAUUAUUAAGCAAUGAGUCCAUCAAUCGUUAUUGUUCGACACUUUUAAGCAAAACCGUUUCUGAUCGUGGUUAUUCAACUGAAAUUUUAUUAGAACAUUUGGCUGAAAAUCCAAUGGUUCACAUCAGUGUCGCGAAUAAUUCUAAAUUCUAUAAUGAUUUAAUAUUCAUGAUCUUCCAUAAAUUAAAACUACCCAAGAUGAAACCAAGUGAUCAAAAAUGCAUUGAACCAAUCAGUACUUUGAUAUUUCAGUUAGAUGAUAAAAAUUUCAAAGAUUUACAUGUGCUCAUAUUCGACGAUUAUGCAUUAGUAAAUUUAGUGAUGAAAUCAAUUUAUGACAAAGGCAUUUAUUUAUAUUCGAGUGCAGCAAAAAAUAGAAUGAAUAGUUUUCCUCCGAGAUCAUUGAAACUUCUGGAUAUGUUGAAGAAAAAAUUUUCUCUCUUAUUUUCACAUAUUUUAUCGGUCAAACCAAGCCUGUUAAAGAAAUUCAAAGAAUCGAUUAUUGAUGAAAAGAAUGCAGUCGGAACAUUUCAAUUAUUAACUGAUAUUUAUGGACAAUGCAUUGGAAAUUUGAAUUUCCCUGGUGAAAUGACUGAUGUGAAACAUGUUUUUAAUUACUCUUAUUUCAAAUUUUUAACACGUCCAUGUCUGGACGAUGUUCAAGGUUAUCCUGUAUUCUAUCAACUUUUGUUCUAUAUCCACAUGUGUGAAGAUGAGGAAGGUAAAAAAAUGGAAGAAGAUGAACAUCGAGAACAAAUCAGGCAAUUGAAAACCGAUUUUCAACAAGUUUACAAUGCAGAAAUUGAUCAACAUUUAAUAGAUCUGAUCGGAAUCUUAAUGACCAUGAUUUAUAUUGAAACAUUUCAAUGGCGUUGUCAAUGUACGAGAGACAUUCUUUCGUAUUUAAAUGCACAUAAAACCGAUCCAGGAGAGUUGAAUGUUAAAGUAAAAACGUUGGAAAUGUUUUUUCAGAAUACUCGUAAUGAAAGUGAAAUUUAUUUUCGAUUGGCCAAAUCAUUCAAUAUACAUCUCUUGAAAAAUCUGAUCAAAGAUGAUGACCUUAUUAAAAACAAAUUAUACGACUCCAAUCGGUAUUUUAAUCUAUUCAUUAAGAAAUUGAAUGAUUUAGAACAGAAAUUUGAUGUUAAGACGGAAUUAAUUCCAGGUUUUAGUAUUCCGUAUUAUCUCUCGGCUAAACUUUUGGAUGAUGAUAAGAAUAAAGAUGCUCACAGCAACACCGGAGACAAUAAAAAUGAAGAAGAAAAUCUGAAAACUAUUAUGUCAAUAUUAUUCCUAGUCUUUACAUGUUCAUCGAACAGUGACAGACAAGAAUUUCUAAAGAAUCAAAAUGAUUUUCUUCAAGAAUUUAAAAAACUCUCUUUAUCAGUCCAACGAUUAAUUCAAUUCUAUAAUACUGAUAAUUCGAUUGGAAUUUAUGGAGAACUUCGUGAAAAAUCGAUCGAACAUAUUUUAAAUGGUUUCAGUGGAAGAAAUGAAGAAAGUUUAAAAGAAAGAAACAAUUAUGCCAGAAUAAUUAUCGAUAAUUUUGUCAAUUAUCGAUUAGAACAUAUUGAACGUAUUGUUAAGUCUAGUUCGAAAGACGAAAUAUUCAAUACAUUUCAAAUUGUUCUGAAACGGCGAGAGACAAAUAGCUUACGCGAAUGGGUGGACAAUACGAGUAAACUGAACGACGAAGUAUAUUUCCUAUAUUGUUAUCAUAAAUAUUCGGAAAACGAAUUUGAUGACUGGUUCGAAAAGUUAAAUACACAUAUCAAAGAUGACGUCAUAUCAACGAUGACGAUGACGUCAAUCGACGAAGUGAAAGCGAAACGAGAUUUAGUUAAAAAGGAACUUCAUGACAAUAUGAACGCUUACGAAUCAAUUAAUAUUAAAUAUGUUCAACACAAUCAAGUCGGCGCAUUAUCGUUGAUCUACGAUUAUCUUGAAGAUCCAAAGAAGAAUAACGAGAAUUUGUUCAUUCAAAUCGGUACUGGUCAAGGUAAAUCAUUGAUCAUAGCUGAAACGGCACGAAAAAUCAUUGAACUCAAUCGAAACAACAAUCGGCCAAGACAACAAAUAUUUAUUGUCACUUGUUAUGAUCAUUUAGCGGAGCGAGACUACGAAAAUUAUAUCAAGUAUUACGAAUAUUUCAAUAUAAAAUCGAAGUAUUGUUCCAGUCGAAGUUCGACGAAAAAUUUCCGUGAUCAAGAUGUGAUUUAUUUCAAUUUAACAACAUACUUUGAGUUAAUCAGACGUGAAGCCUAUAAAACCUUGACCGUGGCGUCAUCGAUUCAUCUGCCCGACGUUUCCAAUGCUGUUCUGAUUAUGGACGAAUUCGACAGUUUGACUUUGGAUUUGGAUGAAAUCAUUCAAUAUGUCGCAUAUUUUGAUUUCAAUCGUUCAGUUCACAAUAUUGAAAAUUUAUUCGACAAAGAUUUGAUUACUUUUAUUAAGAAAGUCAAAGAUCGGUUUCCGUAUACAUUCGAUCGAUGGUAUAAAAAAAUAUUAGAAGACAAGAUAAAAGAAGAUGAAAAUUGGAUAACUCGACAACAAACACAAUAUAGGCCUUACAAAGAAUUGCAUUUCUUCGAUAAAGAAUUUUAUUUACCCGCCCCGUUUCUCCCAACUUUAGCGACAUCAAAAGCAAAUUUCGUUCAUUUUUAUUUCGAUGCCCUAACAUUUUAUUCGAAAUUCAAACAAGUAAUCGGCUUUUCGGGAAGUAUCACCGAUGAUGGAAUGAAAAAAUUCCAAACAUUAUUCGAAACUAAAAAAUCACGUUUUAAUAAAAUUCUACCCUUUUUCGGCGGAUCGAAUUUGGACAAUAAUCGAAUUUUCGCAAACCGUCCAGGUAAAAUCAUCGAAAACCAAUACAAUUUUCUCCAAGCGAUUUACGAUGAAAUUGAAAGACGGUGUAAAGAACAGCCAUUAUUAAUAUUUGCUGAUUCAUCUAAAAAGAACAACGAAGACAAAUCGGAUUUCGAUUGUAUUCAUGAAACUUUAUUGAAGGCACAAGAUUCAUUUCUUCGAGGUUCAACUAUUCUUUUAAUCAAAUCCGAAAAUGACAUCAAGGAAAAUAUACAUAAAAUUGGCAAGUUAGAUACGACCACUCUUGCAACACAAAUUAUAGCACGUGGCGCCGAUAUUAAAGUUGAUAAAAAUAUCGAAAAAGGUUUACAUUUAGUUCUCACCUAUUAUCCCGAACGUGAGAAUAUUUACAUACAAAUGCUGGGUCGAACUGCUCGACAAGAUGAAAAAGGUUCUUAUUCGGAAAUUUGUCGAUUCAAAAAAGAAUUUCUAGAAAUUACUGAAAUCAAACUUGACCAAAAAGCUCGAAUACUUCACGAGACGGCCCAAUACUUUUAUGAAAAUGUUAAAUCAACAUCAAAACGCGGCUUAACAUGGCCAUUAUUCUUGCGUUUAAUCCAACACAUUGAUAUCAAUAAUUUGCAGAAAGACGAUUUAAAACGUUUUAUUGACGAAAAUAUUUUGUAG